UCUUCACAACAACAACGGAAGAAUUUUUUAAAUAUGCACAAAAAAUUGAAGAAUUCAGAUCCCUUGAUGAACAACAAGGCAUGAUCGAACAAUCUUCACAACAACAACCAAAUUUAAUUACUACAUCUGCUCGAUCUUCAAAUUCACCAACAAAUUAUGCACGUACAUCACAAACUAACAACAAGACAACAACAACAACAACACGGAACAAUUUAUCAAAUCAACAUCGUCAAAAUAAUCGUACACCAAAACCACCAUAUCGAUGUUAUAGAUGUGAUGGAUCAUCGAUUGAUGGUGAUGCUCCUACUCGUUUAUUAAAUCCAUCACCAAUUUUCAUCCUUGCAAAAGUUAAUCAAGUUAUUACAAAAAUUAUGUUUGACACUGGUUCAGCUAAAUCUUUUAUCAAAAAAUCUAUUCUCGAACAAACAAAUCAUGUUAAUAUACAAUUUAAACAACAAUCAUAUUUAAUGGCUGAUGGCAGUUCAACAUUUAAUAUUCUUGGUACAACAGAAAUAUUUAUCGAAUUUGAGAAAUCAUG